CUCUCUCUUUUCUCUCUCUCUCUAUCUCUCUUGCUCAGAUGGUCUAUAUAUUGGACGAAUCAAGGUCACUCUUUCUGUCCCUCUGAAAGAUCCCAACCUUUUCUUGUGAAGCCAGACAAAGAGAAGUAUCAGGGUCAUUCCAUUUCCAUCCAGCUGAAAUUCCCCAAGAAGAUAAGAGAAAAACAGAGAAAGGAGGAAGAAAGGCCGUUUCUGAGAGAUUCCUCCAGAUGAAGCCUCCCAAAUCAAUCACCUUUCUGUUGCUGCUGCUUCUCCUCUUCAUAACAGCACAAGGAAUACGUCUGAGUCGUGAGUUGAUAGCUGAAAUUCCCGCUGUGAGAGUCCAGAUGAUCAGAAAGGAAAGGAGCUCAAUGGAGAACAGAGUGCAGGGCAGCAGCCAUGCGAGACAUGCUCUCCAAUGCAGAGGUUCAUCAUGUUCAGGAAGUAGAAGAUUGCUUGCCAACACGCUCACUUCCACCCAGCUUGUGAGCGUGGAGAGUAAGGCAGAGAAGAAAGGAAGGCAAGAAGUCACACCUUCGGAUCAUGACGCUCCAGAUAUCAUGGACAUCGCAGGAAUGGAUUAUUCCUCUGCCAGGAAGAGCACUCCAAACCACAACUGACUUCAAAUUGUAGUGGAGAAAAAACAUAGUUUAGAAAGAUCAAAACGUACACACUUCACACCAUUCAUGAAAACAUGCCGCCUGUUCUGCGGAGGCACAAGUUUUUUGUACAUAACAAGUUCAUAUAUAUUACUUUUAUUGAAUGCAA